GUUGAUCUGUCAUCGAAGUGUCACAUUUUUCACAUUCACAGUCGAUUCAAGUUGAUUCGAUGUUCGUAGACCAUUCAUUGAUGUUAUUCCUAAUAACAAAUUCAAACAAAACAUCUCGGAAAACAAUGAUUACGUGAUAAAAUCUGUAGCAAACGUGAGAGAUUCCGCUUUGUAUUACGCGUUAGCUACACCCUGAUUCUUAAAAUUAAAGCGAUUUAUGUUCAAAAGCUUGACGCCUACUCACGCAAUACGCAAUGUAUCAAUCCUGUUAAAAGGCAUGUUUUUCAAAGAAGACAAGGCAAAAGGCCCCAAUUUGCUUAUAGCAUGGAAAAUAGCGUUGCAGCUUCGCUAACCAAAAGCCAAAGGUUGACUCUGGGAUCUUUGAUAUUAAUUUUGGUGGAUAUCAUUUGGGUGUCUUCUUCAGAAUUAACAAAGUUCAUCUACAACAAUGAGACCUUUGACAAGCCCUUUUUUUGCAUGUAUAUCAAAACUUCCAUGUUCACCUUGUACCUGUUCGGCUUCUUGUUUUGGCCACCGUGGAAGGAAAGUUGUGCUAGGUCCAGACCUGCGGACUACAUUUUCAUAGAUCCCGACAAGGAGGACGACAACUAUUUCACGGAUGUGAGUUGCAGGCUCAGCACUCCAGUGUACGUGCCUGUCAAAACGCCCGACAGGGAGAAUUUUGAUAGGAGCUCCGGGACAGAGAGUGACGAUUCUACCAGCAGAUCUGUCAGGUUUAAUAAAUUAGCAGAGGUUAGGCAUAUGUCAGAGAACGAUGCUACGGAAGCAUUGCUCGCCAGGCUGUCAUAUCAAGCGAGUCUAAGAGCUGGGGAGUUAGCAAAAAGGGCUGCAAGUAAACUCCCUGUCAGCAGAGUGGCAAAAGUAGCUCUCAUUUUUUGUUUAUUGUGGUUUGUUGCAAAUUAUACUUAUCAGCUGGCCCUAUCAGAAACAGAGGCCGGCAUCGUGAACAUAUUAUCGUCAACUUCGAGCUUGUUCACGUUGAUUUUAGCUGCAAUAUUCUCUUCAAACCAAAUAGAUAAAUUUACCCUUAGCAAAUUGAUAGCUGUUAUCAUCAGUAUUAGCGGAAUUGUAAUGGUCAGUUAUUCUGACUUCUCUUUAGAAUCUCAAAUUCCUUUUGGAGCCAUUUUGUCAAUGCUCAGCGCAUUUUUUUAUUCGACUUACCUCGUAUUUUUGAAGAGGGAAGUGGACCACGAGGAUAAAAUUGACAUUCCAUUAUUUUUUGGAUUUGUAGGAUUAUUUAACCUGAUUUUACUGUGGCCAUUAUUCUUCAUACUGCACUUUAGCAAAGUUGAAACAUUUGAGUUGCCUACCAAAGAACAAAUGAUGCUUUUACUGUUGAAUGGUCUGCUAGGAACUGUUAUCUCUGAAGCGUUAUGGUUGUGGGGAUGUUUCUUAACCUCGUCUCUGAUGGCGACAGUGGCGAUAAGCUUGACAAUCCCUAUGACGAUGCUAGCCGACGUGGUGCUGAAAGAAAUCGCCUACCCUUCCCUGUUUUACGCGGGAACGCUGCCUAUGCUGGCUGCGUUCGUGGCUGUCACCGUGCUGUCGCAUCGUGACGGAUGGGAUCCGGUUAUGGACGCCGUCAGGUGGACGUACAAAGGGCUGUGUCGUAGGAAUAAGCUGACGCAUUUCAGAUUCAAUGAGAUGCCUUCAGAACAAACAGAGGCGCUGAUCGGCAUCAACACUGACCACGAAGCUUAAAGUAAAUUAUUUAUAACCCACAAUCUUUACAGAGUGGUUCCCCACAUGGUGCUUGCAACUGUAUGUGAUUAUUAUUUUAUGAAUGUGAUCUGUUAUUUUUUAGGUUUUCCAAAAUCGUAGAUGUUUUUAUUUAUUUUUUAUUCGACAGACGCGUAAUACUUUUUGUUCGCUGAUAUUCCUAAGGAGUAAGUAUUAUUUUUGACGAUUUAAUGCUUGUUAUAGCAUUUUAAGUAGCGACAAGGAGCUAACUGCAAGUGUUGAUUUUGAGUCUCUUAUGAAAUAUGAUUGGUGUUUUUUUUUCUUGAGGUAUUCCAAUGAAUAUAAUGGAUAGAGUUUGAAAAAUUUAGGGAAAUUGCAUUUUCAGUUAUCAGGGUCUGAAAACACUUUUGGGAUAGCUCAAUUAUUCGUAGAUAUAUUAUUAUAUUAUACGGGAUGUUUCCUAAUAUACUGUCAAUAUUUAAAGGUGUGAUUUUGAAAAGAAAACUUCAUAGUAUAUGUUCUGCCUUAACUUGGUCAAGUUUUCAAAAAUAAACGGAAUUACUGCUAUUAUCUAAAAUGCUCGUUUCUUAAGAUUCGUGUAUUCUACAGAAGCUCCAGCAGAUUUAACGGACAAGAAUGAUCCACAUUUGAUUCCUAGUCAAAAUAUGGAAUACUACAAUCCUAUUCUCUUUUAACACCAGACUAAAAUCGUGCAAUCUCACGCAUAGGAUCUUAAACUCAAACUUUUGGUCUCGUAAAGUUAAGAAAAGUUUUACUUACAAUCAAUUAGGAAACGCCCUGUGUAACUUACUUGAAGAGUUUAUAGAUUAUUGUGAGCGGCAUAAUUUUAAGCUUUGUGUCUCGACAAACUCUACUGACGUUCCGGCUGUUAGCAGCUUCUGUUAUCAGUUAAAUAUAUAUGUGGAAAGAUAGUUGUAUAUAUACUAUGUCGUAUAUAGUAUGUGUUCCUUUUAGAGACUGAAAAUUGUACUAUAAAUUUAUUUUACUACAUACAUACAUAUUCCUUCUCGUUUGGUUACAAAGUUUGUGAUCAAAAUAUGGCCUAAAUUCACGGAUUGAUUAGAAUACACAAAUACGUAGAAUUUUGACGUUAAUUGUGAAAAACUAGCGGCUAAAUAUUCAGAUACUCAUUCGAGAUUGAGAAUAUGAUUGUAGGGGCACGAUGUACCUUAGAGGAUCUCUGGAAAUAUUAUAUGUUGUAUUAUAGCUUCAAAUAUUAUUUAUCAGUGCUUGCCAAUGCCUAUUGCAAUUUUGUUAUAUAAACAACAUGAAGGUGUUUUAUAAUUUAUACAAAAUGUGAAGCUUAUCCUUAAUACAGAUCAAAGCUUUUCAACCUGAAAGAUUAUUUUUGGUUUAUUUGAAAUGAAAAUAAAAUAGCAUCUCUUUUAUAAAUUGUCAUAUCCUCGCCGUAAAAUUUACCAAUAAUCCUCAGCCUAAACUAUAAACAUCACAGUGCUUUUGCUUCAAGUAUAAAAUAUAGGUUCUAAAAAAUAAAUCAGUUACUUAUAUUCUAAAAAACACUGACUGUGUGGCUUUGUUAUUGUGACAGUUAAAUAUGACCCGUUCGCCGUAAGGUGCAAGGCGUACCAGGAAAGAAAUCCACCUAGCCAUGAAGCAAAAAACGUACGAUUUCUUUGGCCAAGUCAUAAUCAGAGAAACUUUCUGAAAUUUCCCCCCUGCGCAAUUUUUAUUCAAAUGUCGACAGGUUAAUGAGACCACACGUAAAAAGAUCCCAAUAAUAGUGGAAAAGUUACGGUCGGAAAUCGAGGCAAAAUGCAGAUUUUGUCUCUUGCUAGUGCGACUAUAAUUUCCGAAGGCUUCUUCUAAAUAACCGCAAGAAAAUUGGAGUCGAUUGGUCGAGUAGUUUUUGAGAAUUUCUAAUUAUUUAUCCCAAAACACCUGUCUUCCGGUCUUCACUACUUGUUUAUUGAGCCAAAGGCUUCGUUCAGAAGGCAUUUUAUAGCAAAAUACACGAGGUUACCUUACCGAUAUGAAUCACAAGCCAUUCGGAAAGAUAAUUGUUAUUUUUAUGCUAAAAACGAGGGUUUCCCAUUUUCUCCUAAACAAAUUCAAACAUUUCGUAUUUGUAAGUUUUCCCUCAGAAUUCAGUUUGAAAAUUAACUCAAAUUUUGCAAGUAAAUUUAGUGCUCAUACCACUAUUUAACAUAUGCUCAUGUAUUUCAAUGUUUUGUUUCAUGGCGAGGUGGAUUUGUUUUCUAGUGUCCCUCGUACGUUAGAGGGACUUUCUGAUAUAAAUACACCAAUUCGUCUUUUAGACAAUAAUCGGCCCUCUUCUAUCAUCUUAUAGGUAAUGUUCCAGGAGUCGGUCAUAUGAUUAUACAGUGUGAGCCAUAAAAAUUCACUUUUGAAAACAAUGUAAACGAAAGCAGGUUAUAGCUAGAAGAGUGCUAAUUUUUAUGAUAAAAAAUGAUAUUAUCCCUCGUAGUAUCCAUCAAAAACCCGAGCGGCACUUUCCGUGUUAGUUAAAUCGGCUGUUCUGUUGACAGAUUUUUACAUGACCGACCGUUUGGAUUCAAACUUAAGCACUUGAACACAAAAGUGCAACAGUUAUACGCUAACGAUAUUAGAUAAGGAUUGAUGUAUCCAUACUAAUAUAAAAAUAUAACAAAGCUGUCUGUAUACAUUCCUUAGAAAGGACAUACAUAUUUUUAAUAUGUAGUGUUAUCUGUAAAGUAUUUUCUAU